CAGACACACCCAUUUACAACUUGUAACCGUCCAGAUUUAAACUGGCGGCCACGUUUGAAAAUCUCCAGUUGCCGAGUGUUGCCCUGUUAUCUUUGUUUGGAUGGUUUGAAUCCGCCUUUUUGUGAAAGUGUUGCAGACAGUGUCACAAUGGCUCACAACUUGUCCUUUGAUCUUGAAGAGAAGAGGCGAGGGGUCACCGCCCGAAUGAAGGCGGCGAUGGAAAGCAUUAUUCAUAAGUACCAGAAUGUCGGUGAAGAAGAAGGUGACUUCUUCAUAAUGGACAGCUUGCAGCUAUGUGAUGACAAAGGUCAACUCAGACAUCAAGAGGUUGCACAUUUCGGCUUCCUACAAGCUGGUCUUCCAGAAGACUCUGCUACCUGCAGUGCCAAAGCUGAUGACAAGGAACUGGAGAGUGACACUGAACUUGAUGAUGAUGAUGAUGAUGAUGAUGAUGAAGACCAGCCAUCUGCUGUCAAGAUGCUGAGGGACUUUGGUAGUAGGAUGGAGCACUCCAUAUGUAGCAAGAUGAUAUGUGAGGAGGGUGAGGAUGGUAAAGUCCGCUGGAUACUUCAAGAUGAUGUGGAAGAGGACAUCCUGACGACUAUUGGUGACAGUGACAGUGACCGAGGAGACAUCAGUGGUGAGGACGAGUGGGCAGAAAGUGAUGAGGAGAAUGAUGAGGAGAAUGAUGAGGAGAGGAGGUCACCAGACCAGCAGAACGAACACAGUCUUGAAGACAGCAGAAGCUCAGCUGGUAUUGUGGAGAGUGAAGAAGAAGAAGAGUUAUCGGAUUCAAGUGGUAUAAGUUACAGGGACCCACUACAUUCUAACACAUCUACCAAUCACAUCAACCAAGAUCACAAAAGAGAUGACGGGUGUAAAGGGAGUACUUUGUUCUUCCACAAAAGUAGAGAGUCUAUGGAUAUACCCACAAACAGGUGCAAAGACAACAAAGGCCAUAAAAAGGGGCUUGACAGACCAACUAACAAUGCCAGCAAACAACACCACCAAAGAGACUAUAGCUAUAAAGAGAAAACUAUGGAAGUUGACAAAAGUAGAGAGUCCAUGGAUAUGCCCCCAAAUGAGAACAAAUACAAUAGGAGCCAUAGGAAGUUUACUGACAAGCAAAACAAACCAACUAACUUUCUUAAUGGCAGCAGAAAAUCAGCUGGUGUUGUGGAUAGUGAAGAUGAACUCUCAGAUUCAAGUGGUAUCAGUUAUGAAGAACCACACAUAUUUCACUCAACUAAUAAUGCCAGCAACAAAGGUCACAAAGGCGACGGUGGCCAUAAGAAGAAAUCUCUGUCGCUUCACGAAAGUAGAGAGUCUGUGGAUAUGCCUACAAAGAAGUGUAAGGACAAUGGGAGUUAUAGGAAGCUUACUGACAAACAAAAGAAACCAAGUAACAUUUCUACAAAUGGCAGUAGUAGGAAUGCUGGUGCUGCAGAAAGUGAGGAUGAACUCUCAGAUUCAAGUGGUAUCAGUUAUGAAGAAUCACACAAGUCUAGUACAUCUACAGAUGCCAACAGAAAAGAUUCCAAAAGAGACACUGUCUAUAAGAAGAAAUCUUUGUCAGUCCAUACAAGUAGAGAGGCUGUGGAUAUGCCUACAGAUAAGGGCAACAUUCCUACAAGAAGCAGUAGAAGUUCAGCUGGUGUUGUAGAAAGUGAGGAUGAACUCUUGGAUUCAAGUGGUAUCAGUUAUGAAGAACCAAACAAAUCUAAGAUGUCUACAUCAACUUAUACUAGCAGCAAGGAUCACAAAAGAGACAGUGGCUAUAAGAAGGAAUCUUUAUCAGUUCACAAAAGCAGAGAGCCUGUGGAUAUGCCUACAAACAAGUGCAAGGACAAUGGGAGUUAUAGGAAGAGUACUGGUAUUGAGAAACACAACAAAGAAAGUAACAUUUGUACCAGUGGCAGCAGAAGUUCAGUUGGUGUUGUGGAAAGUGAAGAUGACCUCUCAGAUGCAAGUGGUACUACUUCUGGUUAUAGAGAACCACAGAAGUCUCAUUCAAGUACUAAUGCCAGCAGCAAAUGUGUCAAAAGGGGCAAUGGCUUUAAAGAGAAAACUUUGCCAGUUGACAGAAGUGGGAAGUCUAUGGAAAUGCCUACAAACAAGUGCAAAGACAACUCAAGCCAUAGGAAACAUAUUGACAAAAACAAGACACCAAAGGAAGAUCAUCAGUUCUCACCAUUGUUCCCUGAUGAGGGCAGAAAGAAGACUCCAUCAAAAACUUCACAAAGUAGAGAUCAUCAUAAAGGCACAGACAUUACAUCUAAAAGACAUCCACCUUCUACACAAGUUGCUAAUAGAAGCAAGAUCAGGAACAGCACAUCAACUAAAGCACACACCCAUUCUGUCAAGAAGGAAGAGCUCAGUAACUCAGCAAAGAAACAACAAAGUCACAACAACGUGUGCAUGGUUGAAGAGUUUGAAGACAUGGAUUUUUCGUCCUCAUUGGAUAGUAAAAACAGGAAAAUCGAUCCAAGGGUAGAGCCAUCUUGCAGUACAAAUUCUGGCCAUGGUACUCCUGUUUCAAGGAAGUCAGAGAAACACAGGAAGAAAGCUGACAGGAAAUAUACUCACCAAGAUGUCAUAGAUCUGUUAGAAGAACCUGAGGAGAAGUCAGAGAUGGGGAAUGUUACACCACUACACCACAGGAGCUUCAGCAAAGCAGAAAACACAGACCAAGGUGUCAGUAGAAGAAAGUUCUUCAGUGUUCCAGCUAAAAGAAGAACAGCAGCCUUGACAUCAAGUAGGGACACUGACAUUAUCUCUGCUGGUAGCAAGAACGUGGACUUGUCCACACAUCAGGCCUUAUGUGACUUCUUGGGAGAACAGCCCAGUGACACAUUUCAAAGGACAAAGAAAAAAGUAAAGAACAAUCAUACUCCCAGUGCCUCUACAUCUCUUCAAGAUGAUGGUGGCCAGAGGAGCAAGAGGGAUGCAGCUCUAAGGAAGGGGCAAGAUCCUAAUAACCAUCUUGUGGGGUCCAGUUCUGAAGACAGUGGUGUAAGAGUGAUCACUACUGCAUCAACUUUGGGCCAGGUAGAGAAAAUUUCAUUCACAAAACCACCACCUAGAAAGGAAAGAGUAUUGGUCCAACCAUUUAAACAGCAGUUGCCAUGUCACCAAAAUGAAGGCUUUUCAGACAGCAGUAACCCAAGCUUCAACAGUCUGUCAGAUGAGUACCCACUGGAUCAGAAAGAAGCUAGGAGAAACACAGAAGCCUCAAGGAGUGUAAAAGAACAGCAAAAGACAAGGGAAGGUCGAGUCACCUAUGCUAAAAUGGAUGAAUAUUCAGGAGAAGAUUCUGACUUAGAUGAGUCUGGUUCAAGUGAAAGACAGUGCAAGGCCUCCAAAUUGUCCACCUUCAGUAAUCCUUCUACUGGCCCAUCAGCCAACAGGUCCACCCAGCCAAAAACAAGAGCAGUCCAAGAAAGUGAGGAAAGCAUGAUUAGUGAGGAGGCAUCGCAACUCAGCACUUCAGCACACAGUAUGGAAGAGACUUGUAGUUCUAAUGCUGACCACAGUAUUGAGAUGGAGCAUUCAGACCCUUCUCAAACUUUCAGUCCCCAGUAUUCUGAUGACAACAGUUUCGAGGAUGUUGAAGAGCAACUUCCCUCUGCAAAGCCAAAGAAUGCUUUCUUUAAUGCUCCUCUGACCAAUACACCAAUCUCAAAGUCACGGCCACAGCAUAGUCCUCUCACUCCCAUAUUGAAGACGCCAGGACAGAAGAGUGCAACACCUUGCAGGGAGAAGAAAAGUGUCUGCUUUUCUAAAGAUGUAGAAGAUCAGUUUAUACAGCUGGAUGCAAUUCAGUCGUGGAUACCUCGUAUGCAACCGCCAAUGGUCAACCUUCAUGAUGGCCGUGAACUUGAUCUCCCAUCUCCAGAGUGCCACCAGGAAGACCAAGAAAGCCUGGAAACUUCAGAAGAGAAUUUGGAGGAACCAGUAUCUUCUCUGCCUUCCUCUUCUAUACAUGAAGUGAGGUCUCACCCAAAGAGUCCUGCCGUUCAGACAUCCACUCCUAGAAGAGAUGCUGACAGACCAAGAUUCUCAACACCAAAAGGACGUAAGAUUGCACAGAAACCUGAAGUGCCCUCUCCCUCCACUCUCCAUCGAUUGGACAACAUGAAACUGGGGUCCCCUAUUCAAAAAGGUGCUUCCUCACAACAGGAUGUGCUGAAAGACCAGUACUCAGAGGAAAUGGAAGUGGACGAGUCACAAAAGUCCUCUACAGAUUGGACCAAACAGUCUGUCAGCAGAGAACAAAGAAAGAUGGACAACAAACUGACAGAGAGGAAGAGUGCUAGAGAAUCUCGAAUCUUGCAAGUUAACACCAGUAACUCCUCCUUCAGUGAUGUGGCAAUGUUCUCUCAGUCAUCUGAAUCAAGUGGAGAAAAGCAUGAUGAGACUGGAUCAAACAUCCUGACACCAAGACGCAGUGGGAGGUCAAACAGUACAACUGUUUUAAGAGCCCCCAAGACAGAUCCAAGACACAACAAGAGAGGCGGUGCAAACAGACCCUCAGAUGUUACAAGGAGGCUGAACAGAUCUGAGGUGCUAAAUGCACAAACAAGUAAGAUUGACAGAGAUGAGAGAGGAGCAUCUAAACAACUUGAAUGCUCAUAUCGUCUAAGACCAAGAAAAGUAGUCAAUUCUGAUGAGCAAGAAGUCAAAGACAGUCCAAGAAAAACAUCUUCCAGACAAAAUAGGAGGUACACCACAGCCAGAGAAAGACUAACAGAAAGGGCAGGACAAUCGUCUAGAAGUGUUGAGAAAAGAAAGGCUGACAACAAGUUUCCUCUGACUGCAUCUCAAGCAAAACAAGUAGGCAGACAGAGGAAAGACGUUGGGCAAUGGGGUCAGAGACGUUCGGCUUUUUCAUCUACCUCUGAGACUGAAACAACUAGUAGCACUAGUGCACAGCAGGUUUCAUCACCAGAGGUGGGGAGAAGAAUGGUCACCAGAAGCCAAAGUUCAUCAUCGGAGAUAGAUACAGAGGAGAAGAAGACUAGAGGUCAAAUGUUGCUAGAUUCCAAAGUAAAAAAGGUUACAAACCGUCGUGGCCAAUCAAAAACAGUAGGAGAGUCAUCUGGUUCUGCUGCCAAUCAAAAGAAGGGGCCAGGUAGGAGGAGAAUCAUCAGCUCUUCUGAUGAACAAGAAAACCUGGGAACUCCUAGGAAAGUGUCUGGCAGCCAACGAAUGAAAUACAGCCAAGGCAAAGGGAGACUGACAGAAGUGAGAAGUCAAAGGUCACCACAGAACUUUGAGGACAGGGAGGUCAGGAGGGAGUCUCCUAACCCAGUUACAGGAGAGCUGAGUGGAAGAGAAGGAGUACCCGUCGCCGGUGAGGAGUCCCCUUGUGACAUGCUGUAA